AUGCCCGAUCAAGUCAUUACAACCACGGGUUCCGCAAACCCACCAGUUCAGGCCGACUCGGAAGACUCAAUCUUCUUCCAAUACUGGCAUAAGCUCCCAGCAGAGCUAAGAAUAAAGGUUCUGGAGCAGCACCUAAGCUUCCCAACUCCAAUCACCUACACAAAACACUGGGCCCUAAUGAAGCUACGCCUCCUUCCCCUACUCCGUACAGAUUUCGCGACCAUUGCAAAAGCCGCAUAUUACAAUAACAACGUCUUCCAGGUCACAGACUAUACGCUACAUUACGGCCAUCGACCAUCGCUACGUGUCGGGAGCGAAAUCCGCCACUUGGAAUUCCGGUUCCAGUCAGUUUCUCGUAAUGAUUACGGAGGCUUAGGUCUCCUCUGGCAGCCGGCAAACCAGAUACCAAGGAGUUGGCAGCAGAAUAUCCCUAAUCUGAAGACUUUACGCAUCGUCCUUGAUGCGCGUGGGUAUUGGCGUACCACAAUGGAUGGAUCCCGAAUCUGGGUGGACGCACGUAUUACGGGGGAGAUGCUGGGAUGGUGGGAGAGGAUUCUGACGGAGAACGUGCUGAGUCUUACUCCUGAAGAUAUCACCUUUGAGAUCGAGGCGGACGGAUGCCCGGUCGCGAGACCUGAAGAUGUGUAUCAUGACGAAAGCAGCUGCACUUGUAAAGAGGAUCUGGAAACGGAUAUUAAAGGGUUGAUGGUAAAGAAGUGA